GGCGCCUGUGCCGCGCCGGCCGCUGUCAGCUCCCUCAGCGUCCGGCCCAGACGCGGUGUAUGCUGAGCGGCUGCCACCGCCGGCUACUGCACGUCCUGGGCCUUCGCUUCCCGCUGCUGACCCGCCGGCCGCUUCUCGUCUGCCCUCCUCGCCUCAUGAAGCCGUUGGUCGUGUUCGUCCUCGGCGGUCCCGGCGCCGGCAAGGGGACCCAGUGCGCCCGCAUCGUCGAGAAAUAUGGCUAUACACACCUCUCUGCAGGAGAACUUCUUCGUGAUGAAAGGAAGAACCCAGAUUCACAGUACGGUGAACUCAUUGAAAAGUACAUUAAAGAAGGAAAGAUUGUGCCGGUUGAGAUAACCAUCAGUUUAUUAAAGAGGGAAAUGGAUCAGACGAUGGCUGCCAAUGCUCAGAAGAAUAAAUUCUUGAUUGAUGGGUUUCCAAGAAAUCAGGACAACCUUCAAGGUUGGAACAAGACCAUGGAUGGGAAGGCAGAUGUAUCUUUCGUUCUGUUUUUUGACUGCAAUAAUGAGAUCUGUAUUGAACGAUGCCUCGAGAGAGGAAAGAGUAGUGGUAGGAGUGAUGACAACAGAGAGAGCUUGGAAAAGAGAAUUCAGACCUAUCUUCAGUCAACAAAGCCAAUUAUUGACUUAUAUGAAGAAAUGGGGAAAGUCAAGAAAAUAGAUGCUUCUAAGUCUGUUGAUGAAGUUUUCAGUGAAGUUGUGAAGAUUUUUGACAAGGAAGGCUAAUUGAAAACCUAAAAGCAUCCUUGAAAUCAUGCUUGAAUAUUGCUUUGGUAGCUGCUGUCACAACCCCCUUUUAAGGCAAUUUUAAUCUUUCAUAAUUACAUCUCAAUGGCUUGGAAGUAUAUAUAGUAAGAUAAUUUUUUUAUGUUUUUUUUUUGGGGGGUCACAGGAAGAAACAGUGAAUUCAGGUUUAACUUCAUCUUAGUUAUGGUGCUCACAAAACAAAGAAGGAUAUCAACUAGUUCUUUGUUUUUACUGAAAAAGAAUAUCCCUUUUAUAGUUUGUGCCUUCUGUGAGCAAAUCUUUUUAGUAUGCAUGUAUAUCCCCUUAGUAACUACAAUAUGUUAGGAUUAGGGAUCCCCAUUUCUUCUUUUUCUUGCAGAUUUAAAAUUUCCGACCUUAAGUGAAUUUGUGGACCAAAUUUCAAAGAACUUUUAUGUAGUCAGUUCUUGCACAAUGUGUUUGGUAAACAAAUCCAUAAAAUGGAUUCCUAGCAGUGGUUUAGUAUUUGUCAAAUAACUGACCAUUUACUAUAGAAAGGUAAGAAAACUUAGACUUUGUUUUACUACAACAUGUUCUGAGUUGUAUGACAGGGCAGAUUCUUUGCUUCCAAGGUUUGAGUUGGAGGCACUGGGGGUUCAGAGCCUGACAGAAAUGUCAGCUUUAUUCUGACAUACUCUGAGGUGAGAGUAUGGGGCAAGGA